AUGGCGUCCCAACUCGACAUGCACGGUACCUUGACCGCAAUGCAGAACGACCGUCAAAUCAAGCUCUGCAUCGGCGACCUCACGACUCCGCUCCUCGUUCCAGAGAGCAUCCUGAUCAAAACCUUCAACUUCUUCCGCGGCGCCCUCAAACGCAAGAGCAUGAAAGAAGGCUUCGAAGGCGCCAUCUCCUUCCCCGAAGACUCCCUCACCCCAUGGAAAGUGCUCAACUUUUGGAUGAUCAACGGCGAAGUUCCUAUUCAAGACUGCAGCAACGAAGAUCUCGUCACCGCAUGGUAUCUCGCCGACAAGUACCAGAUCACCCAGCUCCAAGACGACCUAAUUUCCGAGCUGAUCGAGGUCGGUCUCAACGCUAUCUGGUCGCCAAAGGACCACGAGGAGGUUCUCGUGCACACGACGCCGGAUUCGCUACCAAGGAAGUGGAUUGCGGAGUUGUUGAUGAUCAGGGUUAAGGAUGGAGCGGGACAGGGCAUGUCGUGGAACGAUCUUGCGGCGUUCCAAGGAGACAACGAUUAUGCUAGAGAUAUAUUGGAGGCAGCGAUUGCGGUCGAGGAGAAUUCGUUGUUGGUGCAGAAAUACAUCCCGACUGACGCGGAUGAGGAGGAAAAGCCGCUGUGGCUGAGAUACAUGACGAAGGAGACCAAGGGGCCAAGGAAGAUGCAUGAGUGGGGUUGGGCGCGGUAUGAGAGUGGGCAGUGGUAUAGCAGCAUGUCGCAGACCGGGAACUGA